AUGCUACACUGCGCCGGGAGCGAAUUUCUUGGACCCCACACAAAAGGCGAAGCCCCCGACUCGGCUGUUCCUACAGCGGAGACUGCGGGAGAGGCCAGCCGCCAUGGAGAGGCCUUUUCGACCUCUUUGGACGCCACAGACAGAACUGUGGAGGGGAGAUCCGAAGUUCAGAUCCACUUGUCGACAAAUCUUCCGGACAUCUUUCGACUGCCAGACCAACCGUUCGUCGUCCCAGGAAGCUACCGACGACUCGAGCUCUCCAAGUUGGUGAACAAGCUUCUGGAACAGCAAGACGACCCCGACUGGCCUGGCCACCAGCCUUUCGACUUUCUUGUCGACAAUAAAUGGUUCCUCCGAACAUCUCUCGAAGAGUACAUGCAUGCUCGAGGCAUCACCUCAGAAGUUUCUUUGACUCUCCACUAUCAACUCGCAGUCCGCAACCUCGGCACUGAACAGCUGCCGCGCGCAGCGGACUGGAUUUCGUCGCUCUCCUUCGUCCCCACAGAAAACCUGCUCGUGGAGGCGUCCUACGACGGAUGUUGUCGUCUGCACCACGUCUCGCCGUCCGCUUCGCACGACUCUCUUUCCACUUCUUCUGCCGCUCCCCUGCUCACGUUGGGGUUGAAUCGAGGCCCUCUGACAACCUCUGCGACGUUUGCGGCCGGGGCGUUCCUGCCGCCGCGUUCCGCUCAGCUUCUUCUCGGCAGCUCCAGCGGAGCUCUUUACUUUGUCACAUGUGUGUCGUCGUCUUCGGCCAGCGAUGAAAAAGCGGCUGUCUCAGAGGCCCGCGCGCCAGGUCGGUGGCAUGCCGCGGUGCAGGCCGUCGGGUGUCUCGACAGCAGCGUGGCGUCUGUGGCAGUGAGCACGGACGGCGUUACGGUGGCUUCUGGCGACCAUGGGGGAAAUGUGUACUUGUGGGAGAAUUUCUCGUUGUUGACGGAGGCCGAGACUCAGAUCGGUCAGUGGCGGGAAAAGGGUGCAGCGCAGGGCGACGAACAGCCCGAAGGGGAGGGUGGGGACGGCAACUCGCUGUCGACGAAAGGCAAGGGGACUCAGGGGAAGAAGAGACGGCAUCCGUCAGUCUCUCGUGCGUUCGCAAACGAGGCCGAGAGUCUUUUUUCUUGUCAAGAAAAAGAACCCAAACUCCGCCUUCGAGGCGUCCACACGGCGCCCGUCUCCGACGUGGCCUUCGCGCCAAGCCACUUCCGAUGCGUCCUGUACUCCGCCUCCCUUGACAACUCGAUUUCUGCCUGGGAUACGCUCGUCGGCGGCGCCCCGCUGGUCACCUGGCCUGUCUCGCGCGGCGUGACUUCGCUUGCUUGUCAGCCUUCAGACGGCCGCGUGGUCUGCACAGCCCACGAGGACGGUCGGCUCAGGCUCUGGGACAUUCGCUCGGGUGGAGGCGACGCUGGAGGGAAGGCGGCGAAUGGCGUACUGAGCUUGGAUGCGAAUUCCAGACUCGAUUUGAGAUUCACCUUCGGCUGCCCGCAUGCGAGGCUCUGCACACAGGUGCGGUGGCUCCCGCGACAGCCUGGCAGAGAAGCGCGCGACAGACAGAGGGACGAGGUUGCGGGAGAACACCUUUUGGCCUCUGUCGGGCAAGAGGGAGUCGUCAAGCUCUUCGAUAUUCGAGCGCCGACUCUGCCGCUCCUCACAAUGGACGUGCAGGGCGCGACGAAAAGCAAAGACAAGAAGGAAGACCGAUCUGCGAAGGCCGUAAGGCUCCUCACAACUGCCUGGCUCGGACCUGCGAAACUCGCCACUGGAGGUUCCGACGGCGUCACACGCAUCCACACCUUCGGAUCUAAGUGGACAGGAACUCAGAACGAGUGAGCCUAGGGCAAAAGACAAAGUGUGCAGGAAGCAAAGCGUGCAGAGACCGAAACACGCAGAAGGACAGGCAGGAACUGCAGAAGGGGAAACAUGCAGAAAAGCACCAGAAAGUAUAGAAGCCACGAAGGAGAGCGCUGCCCAGACACAGGGACAGGGAGGGAACAAACAAGGAAAGGGGGUGGGGAAAAAAAGGGAGGGGGUUGGGUGAUCGUUGACAGAAGGCCACGGAGCGACAAUUGUGGCAGAGAGUUAAACAAGGUGGUGGUUGAAAAUUUGCCAGGCUCCUUUGAAAGCCUGGCAAAAGGGUGAAACCCGCAACGAUGCGGCACACUUCGCGUGACUCUGCGAGUUUCAGCAUUCUUGGCGUCGCCAAUAUUGCCUCGAAUCUCUCACGCACAGAGUCGAAACGUUCCCCAUAAAUACCCUAAUGGGGUAGUAUAAAUGUUUUUUUAGCCUUCCUCCGCGUUUAUCUUUCACAUGCCCGUGCGACCCGACGCCUCUUCGUUUUUUUGUUGCGAUGGAAUACGGGGACUCCAGUGCCACUCAGGAACCUG